AUGAGGCUGUUAUCUGCUCGCCCCCAGUCUGUUGUGGAGAGCCAGCGGAAGUCCCUACAGCAAUUUGAACACAGCUCGUGGAAGCUAAGAUGGAUCUGUGCAUCAGAGAACUUUCAGGAGAGAUGCUUGGAUGGUCAGGCCUUCUUGCACCAUGGCAGUGAGAAAGACACGUCAAAGCCACAGGGACUGUGGAAAGAAGUCCUGGGACCUGAGACGUGGCACAUAGAGUCCAAGGACUUAGAAAGUAAGAGAGGAGGACCAUUACACAGCCAGCACAGGGAAGACAUGGAGGAGAACAGGGAGGGCCCCUCUGGCUGGAGUUGUCACUGGGAAUACAACAAUGUCUUCAGGCAUUUCCACUAUAAUGGGGAGCUCUUCCUCUCUUAUGAUCUGAAGAUCCAUGGAUGGACACUUCCCUGGUCCUCUGCUCAAACCUUGGCUAUGGAAAUCAAGAAGUCCUUGGAUGCAGAUGGCUGUCAAAACUAGGAUUUUUUCAGCCCAUAUACAGGGAGAACUUUGUAAAAGCAUCAGAAAUAUCUGGAGUCCUUGAGUUUCUUUGGCAGAAAUGGUUCAUCCCUGGGGCAGAGACUUUCUUUUCUGCUGGACCAAUUAUGCCUCCCUCCAAUAACCCUAUCCAAGGAAGCCCUCUUUGUCUGAUGGAAUGCACAUUUGUUCUGCU